UCCAGACAAGAAGCUUCAUUUGGUCAACUUUCUGCUGUUUUCGGAUUCCUCUUUUUGCCAUUUUUUGUUUGUUUGUUUUUAGUAAAAGACGUUUUAAUUCGAAACAUUCGAGCAUCCCGGUGGUUGACUUUAGUGCGGGCAGGCUCAACGUGUAGGAUAUUUGCCAGGCAGAGCUUCGCCAACUGAGCAGGCAGUUAAAAAUAGACAAGUGUUUGUCUUUGAGUGUCUUUAGAAAAGCGAAAAUUAAAAAAAAAAAAAAAAAACAUUUGGAACAUUUUAUGUAUUAUUAUUAACAGUGGAGAAAGUAACUUGGAGAACAGUGAAGCUAGCAUUUUGUGUAGCUACUGUUAGCUACUAAUUACGAUGACUUUUUUUUAUUACUCAUAUUUACAUCUAUGUAUUUAUAUGGGUUUAUGAAAACCGUAACUUUACUCUCAUCUUUCCCAAAUAGCAAAACAUUUUUUUAUGGACGCCACCAUCGGCUCUUCUUUGUUAGCGAGUAGUUUCCAAAUUUGGAAACAAAGUUGUGAGCAUAAAAAGAAACCGGCAAGAUCCAAACAUUUUUGAAAAUAUAAGGUAUCUCAUUUAAAACCUUUGAGUGUUCCCCAUCCCAAAUAAUCACAACCAAAUUGUGAUUUCCCCCUCCCCCCUCAAUACUGAUCAAUAAUAUAAUCCAAUCAUUUAUCAAUCUUUAUUUGAAAAUAGAACAUGAUAUGCAACCUUGGUUUUUGCCAGGAGAGGUCACUGUUACUAACUCUCCAAGUCAUUAAUCCUUUUCGAAACAAUUGACCCAAGUGGCUCAGUGCUUCACAAAAGCUUCAUUCGUCCAUCACUAGUAUUUUUCCUCCUUUGACCGACUUUGGACAUUAUGUGAGAAUGAACAAGUGUAAGUAUUUACAAGGUGAUACGUAAUGUCACAAACCAACCGUAAUAUUAUGUAGCUUGUUUUACAAUCCAAAUCGGACUUGUUUUGAUUCACUUCCGGGUUACAUCCCGCUGUUCUGGUCUCAAAACAGUACAAAUUUGAGCACUUUCAGAACUUAACCUACGUGAUGCCUAUUUUAGACGCUUUAGGGCCACCGGCCCUGCCUCAAUAAAUUUGGGAAAUGCUGUUCUACAGAAAAUGGUAUUCUUCUGUUUUCUGAAAUUGUUUCUCCUGGCAUCUGCGCGCCUUGCGUGCCCGGAGCCGUUCUCGUCAACAUCGCCGACCUGAUGCAGCGUUGGACCGGCGACCACUUUGUCUCUGUGUCUAGGUGACAAUGAUUAUGUCAGCGCCUCUUUGAUCAGCCGGGGAUGGUCACAUGACUGCUCAACUACCAGCACCAACCCUUUUGCACCACAUGACGUACCUUGAAGUGACGCCAUGAACAUCCCGGUGGUAGACUUCGGCGCGUGCAGCCUCGACGUGGAAGAUAUUACCCGCGCGGAUCUGCACAAACUGAGCACGGAGUUAGAAAAUGCUUUCACACAAGUGGGAUUUGUCUUUCUGCAGAAUACUGGCAUCACGCAGGAGGAGGUGGAUGGUGUGAUGAAUGCUUCCAUGAGGUUCUUCCUGCAGCCAGAUGACCUCAAGCAACCGUUCAGAAGGAAAACCUACCCAAACUGCGUCGUCCACGGCUGGCUACCCCUCGGGACAGAAAGGGUAGAUCCAAACAAACCAGAAGAUUUAAAAGAGUCAUUCAACUUGACUUCACUAAACCCUGACAUAAAAUGGUCAACUUCGGUGGGAUUCCGAGAGACCCAGGCGGUCUUUUUCCAACGCUGCAAAGAGCUGAGUCUGCGCAUUUUGAAGGUGAUAGCCCACAGUUUGGAUGUAGACCCCGACAUCUUCCUGAGUGCACACCGCCACAUUGAAAAUGAUGAGAACCUCACGACGAUGCGUUCGCUGUACUACCCGCCGGUGAAGCGUGAGCUCGCCAAGGAGGGUCAGCUGCGAUGUGGGCAGCAUUCGGACUAUGGGAGCAUCACCUUAUUGUUCCAGCAAUCCCAAGGACUGCAGGUGCGUGGACGUUCGGGUGAGUUCAUCCUGGUUCCGUGCAUCCCCGGGGCCGUUCUCCUCAAUAUCGCCGACAUGAUGCAGCGUUGGACGAGCGACCGCUUUGUUUCUGCGGUCCACAGAGUUUUGCUGCCCUCUGCCGAUGACUCCAGUCCACGCCAGUCCCUGGUUUUCUUCCUCAUGCCGGAUGACGACGCUGUGAUCUCUUGCCUCGACGGGUCAAACAAGUACCCACCGGUCCGGGCCGGAGACUACUUUGCAGAGCGCUUCAGCUACCUCUACGUCAAUGACGAUUUGCCGUGUCGUAUUGGAUCUCAGUAGGAAAGCAAUCGAAAUUAAAACCAUUUUUUCCAUUCGGAAAUCAUGGAACACUGUUACCUUCAUUUACAUUUUUCUCAAAAAUAUACAACUUGUUUUCUUGAAAUUACUUAAAAUCUUCAACUAUGAUUUUUUUAAAUAACCUUUCUCUUCAAAAUAUAUUUUUUCCUAAAAUAUACAACAUCGAUCCAUCCAUUUUCCAUACCGCUUAUCCUCACUUGGGUCACUGGUGUCAGGUUCAAGACACAUAGAACAUUUGUAAAAACAAGACAGACACAGAGGCAGUUCAGUUUUCAGACUUGCAAGGAGGACGGACAGAGUGUACUUAGUUACAAUCUCCAACCCGUUCUAAUUUCACUCUGCCGAACCCUCUCUUUUUAUUUCCUUAGGGCAGUUCCCUUGUUACAUAUGAGUUACGUCUAAAAGGUGGGGGCAUAGAUGCUUGUUGCAUCUCAUGUGAUCAGCACAUAACACUCUUUGUUGUGGUCGAGACAGUAGAAGAGUUAUAUGCUUCUUAUCAAGAAACAGGAAACUCCUCGGCUUAAGUUUGUCCUUGCACCUGCAAGCACAUGAUUCAUCCUGUGGGAAAAAGCUGAAGCGCCCGGGGAGCAUUUCGGGGUAUCAGUGUCUUGCUCAAGGACACCACAGCCAUGAGUCCGGGGGAUGUUGGCGGAUGGUCCAGUCGGGGUCUUGAACCUAGGUCCCCCACGAUAGCAGGCGAUGAUCUUAACCAUUGGGCCAUGAUUUGCAAAUCAUGUUCAACCAACAAACGUUUGGGAACUGAGGACAUUAAUUGUUGAAGCUUUGUAGGUGGAAUUCUUUCCCAUUCUUGCUUGAUGUACAGCUUCAGCUGUUCAACAGUCCGGGGUCUCCGUUGUCAUAUUUUACGCUUCAUAAUGCGCAACACAUUUUCAAUGGAAGACAGGUCUGGACUGCAGGCGGCCAGUCUAGUACCCGCACUCUUUUACUACGAAGCCAUGCUGUUGUAACACGUGCAGAAUGUGGUUUGGCAUUGUCUUGCUGAAAUAAGCAGGGGCGCCCAUGAAAAAGACGUUGCUUGGAUGGCAGCAUAUGUUGCUCCAAAACCUUUAUGUACCUUUCAGCAUUAAUGGUGCCUUCACAGAUGUGUGAGUUACCCAUGCCAUUGGCACUAACACAGCCCCUUACCAUCACAGAUGCUGGCUUUUGAACUUUGCGUCCAUAACAGUCCGGAUGGUUAUUUUGCUCUUUGGCCCGGAGAACAAGACGUCCACAAUUUCCAAAAACAAUUUGAAAUGUGGACUCCUCGGACCACAGAACACUUUUCCACUUUGCAUCAGUCCAUCUUAGAUGAGCUCGGGCCCAGAGAAGCCGGCAGCGUUUCUGGGUGUUGUUGAUAAAUGGCUUUUGCUUUGCAUAGUAGAGUUUCAAGUUGCACUUACAGAUGUAGCGCUGAACUGUAUUUACUGACAUUGGUUUUCUGAAGUGAACUUCGCCUCAUCUUCGCUUGUGAAUGACUGAGCAAUUCAGGGAAGCUCCUUUUAUACCAGGUCAUGGCACCCACCUGUUCCCAAUUAGCCUGUUCACCUGUGGGAUGUUCCAAACAGGUGUUUGAUGAGCAUUCCUCAACUUUCUCAGUCUUUUUUGCCACCUGUCCCAGCUUUUUUGGAACAUGUUGCAGCCAUAAAAUUCUAAGUUAAUGAUUAUUUGCUAAAAACAAUAAAGUUUAUCAGUUUGAACAUUAAAUAUCUUGUUUUUGUAGUCUAUUCAAUUAAAUAUAGGUUGAACAUGAUUUGCAAAUCAUUGUAUUCUGUUUUUAUUUGUUUAACACAACAUCCCAACUUCAUUGGAAUUGGGGUUGUAUUUCGAAGAUCGGUGGGAUAGGCUCCAGCACGCCUGUGACCCUAGUGAGGAUAAGUGGUACAGGAAAUGGAUGGAUGGAUUUUAUUUAAUUUUUUCCAAUUUUGAAACGGGCUCACUUUUACAUUAACUGCCGUACAAGUGUAAUGUGAAGUUGACCUCGCUAUAAUAACAAAAAUAAAGUAAAACCGCUCACCCCUUUGAAGACAUCUGAUAGACUCGUAAGAGAGCGUUGCUGAGCCAUACUGUCACCUUGUGGAGUCUUAGAGUUAUAGCUAGAAUUUGUAUUUAUGUUAGCAUCUACUUGGUCAAAUUUAUUUGUGUAUGUUUUUAAUUUAUGGCAUUGCUCAUAUUGUACUGAGCAGCCAGACCCUUUUCUAUGUCACAGUAAGUUCCAUUUCCUGUUCUGUAGUUAUUGUCACUUGCCAUCACUGGAAGAAAAAAACUCACAAAAAGUUUUAAGUCAAAACAAUAAACUUGCUGCUUCAUUCA